AUGUUUUGUGAGGAGGAGGAGGAGGAGGAGGAGGAGGAGGAGGAGGAGGAGGAGGCGUUUUUCGGGGCGCCGCUUCACGUCCUCUCCUCGCUGCCGCGCUCCGACUCGAGCACGAGCACCCCCCCCGGCAGAGAGCCUCCCGGCCCGUGGCACUGCGGCGCCCGCCGCGCCCGCGGCGCGUGGAGCGCGCGCGCGGGGGCCCGGGCAUGGCAGGGUCGGGGGAGCGUAAGACCCGGGUUUGCCAGGACUCGGGUGCGCCAUCGUUUCUUGACGACCGCGCCUCGGAUUUUGACGAGGAGGGGUUUCGUGGGAUGUCUGCAGCGGGAGGCCUCGUCAAAAUGCGGGCUCGGCCUCGUCGUUUUUGUUGACGACCUCGUCGGGGAUUUCCGAGUCCCCUGUACCCGGGUCUUACGUCCCCCUGACAGGAGCGGGGCGGGCCCGCCGCCCGACGACGGCCUCGGCGGGAGCCGGGCAGCCAACGCACCGACACCGUGCAGGCCUCGGAGGUAG